AUGGCGGAAGCAACCCUACCCAAAGAGAUGAUAGUGCUUAUCCUCUCCUGGCUUCCCGUGAAAUUGUUACUCCAGUUCACCAGCGUUUCCAAACGUUUCCAUUUCAUCAUUCUCUCAGACCCAAAAUUCGCCGAGUCCCAAUUUCAAGCAGCUCGUGAGCACAAAACCCUAACUUGUAGACUCCUCUGCUCCACCACCACCCCUCGACUCGAAUCCCUUGACUUGGAGACGCCAUCGUUUGGAGACCGUUCCUCUGUUAGGAAGCUCAAACUUCCUCUCCGCCCACCAGCCAAUGAUGUCAUGCCACUAGGCUCUUGCAAUGGUAUUGUAUUUCUCGCAAUUGAUGAGCAAAUAUAUUAUAUGUGGAGCCCAUCAACCGGAUUCUUCAAGAAAUCACCUGAUCCGGGUUUCUCCCCAAAUAACAAGGCGAUCAUCGUUCAUGGUGUUGGCUAUUUGCCGGCCACCGAUGACUACAUAGUUUUCGUAGGCUCCACUGACUUUGUUGAUGACAAGAAUGAGGGCGUAAUUUUCUCGUGCAGAGAUCACGCUUGGAAAACACUUUGUCAGAAAGUAUAUGGGAAUAAUGUCAUAUGGCUAUUCAUCUCUCAAGAAAGUUUAUAUAGUGAUACAUCCAUAUACAGAAAAGAAUGUAAUCAAUCCUAA